UUGGCAAGUGGCAACUAGACCUAAAUGCGUAAGCUAUUGUAUGAAAACAAAGUCCCUUUGUUGCAGGUUAAAAUGUCUACUAUAAUUUGUUAGAGUUGUUUGCAGUGUUUAGUUCAGUGUUGCUGCACUUAGCUGUGACGCGCGCGCCUUGGCUCAGGCCAGAUUCGAUUAGGAUCCUGGUGGAGUAUCCUCUCGUGUUUCUGGAGCAGGAGGCGGGUCUUUGGAAAGUUGGAAUGCCUUGGAAGUUUUCCUGUACUUUACAAAGAUGUUGAAUAUGGACACCUGGCUGGUAGUGUCCCUGUUCGUGUUUGUCCAGCUCUUCUUCAGUUUAGCGUAUGAAGGGUCGGGAUACUAUGGCUAUGGAGAUGAUGAAGAUGCAUAUGCUCGUAGAAACGGAGGGACCCCUUGGUGCGCGCCCAUCAAGGUGAAGCAUGGCGACGUGAGUUGUCGGAGUCCUGGGGGGCAAUAUUAUAAGAACGUGAUGGGAUCGCGCUGUAAGAUUCGCUGUAAGAGGGGUUACGAGAUGCAGCAGGGACACCCAGAGGUGGUGUGUAUGGCCAGCAAACACUGGUCAGGAAACUACGCCUGCAGGGAGAUCCGGUGUCCUAAGCUACAGAUGCCUGCUAAUGGUGGCUAUAAGUGUUCAGAUGGAUCCUACUUUAACUCCCGCUGUGAGUUCUUCUGCUCCCUUGGAUACACUCUGAAGGGGUCCAAGACUGUCACCUGCCAGUACCACAAGACCUGGACCUCAGGGGAGAGUGCCUGCAUAGAUGUGGAUGCUCCAGUAAUAAAGUGUCCUAACCUGAAGGACAAGACGGCAGAGCCUGGCAAGCUCACUGCCAGGGUGACCUGGGACACACCGGAGGGCAAGGACACGGCCGAUGGCAUCCUCACUGAUGUGAUCCUGAAAGGGAAGCCUCCUGGACACUUCCCCGAGGGGCUCCAUAAGAUGUCCUACACCGUCUAUGACCGCGCCGGGAACAAAGGCAGUUGCCGCUUCUCUGUCAGAGUACGAGUGCGUCGCUGCAGCCCCAUCACCCCUCCAGAAAACGGCUAUAUGAAGUGUGACAGUGAUGGAGAUAACUACGGAGCCACCUGUGAUUUCAAAUGUACAGGAGGGUAUGAACUCCAGGGCAGUGCUGCCAGGGUGUGCCAGUAUGGACUCACCUGGUCAGGCACGGAAACCAACUGUGCAGCUAUGAACAUCAACGUGGGGGUGCGUACAGCCUCAGGUCUGCUGGACCAGUUCUAUGAGAAACGACGCCUCCUCAUCAUUUCUGCUCCCACAGCUGCCAAUCAUUACUACAGGUUCCAAAUGACUAAUCUACAGCAUGCCCAGUGUGGUCUGGAUCUCAGGCAUGUGACGGUAAUUGAGCUGGUCGGGAUUUACCCGGCACAGAUCGGCCGUAUCAGCCACAGACUCAUCCCCCCAGGGCUGGCUCUACAACUCCGGUUACUGCUCCAGAUCUCCCAUAAUAACUUCAACAUGGUGAUGAUUGACAAGCAGGGGAUGGACAAGGAGCGCUACACAUACCCCAUCACCUCAGCCCAGAUCUUCACCACCAUUGACACCUGGCAGGGACGCAUGGAUGAGAUGGUGCUGCAGCAGGAGGCAGGCCACACCUGCCAGUAGUACACCACCUCAACGACACCCCUCACUAACACCAUCUCCCCAUAAAGCCCACUAUUCCCAAUUGUACUCCUCAACGCACCCUAUUUCAUUCACCCUAUGGACAGUCCUUCUCACCCCCACAAUAUCCCUCCAAGUCAAUAAUUAAACCCUACCGUUGCUUAAUAUUACUUCCUGAACCCGACUCCCAUCCUCCAGUUCCCCAUAGCAGACCACAGCUAGUUAACGUAUCCAUCAAUAAGUCAUUGAACCCUCUAUUUCCCACCAAUGUGAUGACUUUCAGUUGAAGUGUCAUUCUAAUUGUAAGGAGACAGGGGGUUCAAUAGUCACUACUAAGUAGGAAUCAUUAGUAUCGGAAUGACUGAUUGGAGUUUGGAGCUGUGGAGCAUUGGGACCAGGCUAAUUUGAAUGGAAAUAUAACUCACUUUCAUCACUGCAUCCUACAGAAGUUAGAGGUCCUGGGCAGAGUGGGUCAUCACAAUCAUAUUGAUUCUUGUACUCGUCAGUCUUGUUUUUUGUUUGUUUUUUAAAGCUUGGACACAUUUUACUAUUAUUAUGUUGUUUUGUAUAAUAACUAUUUUCUUUUUUUUAAGAUAUGAAACUGGAAAAAUCCUUUAGCUGUUUUAUAUUUAUGUUUCUCAAUUCUGGUAGCAGUGUUUUAAUUAGGACAUUAAUAAUAAGCACUCGGGAAUGUGUGUGUGUGUGAUGUGACCGGCAGUGAUGCUGGUCCAUCAGUACACUGCUGUUCGUUCCCUUUGAUUUCACACAACCAUGAUUAAAUAGCCCUCUUAAAAAGA